AUCAAUCGUCAUCAAUCGUCAUCGUCGCUAUUGUAGAUUUGUCACCUGCGUGUAUAACCUAUACGUUGAAAUGUGACACCGUCUCCUAAUCACGGGCAGAAAUCCGCAGGAGCAGAAAAAGGAGAUAUUCUGCAGCAGUUUGCAUACAAUUUUGUGUUGUUGUUUUUGUACAGUAAUAUACUUCACGUGUUUAUGCAGGCACAACAUGAUCAUCAUCGCUUGGUCGAGUGAAUCGCGAAGCUAAGGCUAGCCAAGUUACGGUUCGGUGUAACAACAACCUAACCUAACAACUCGCUCUCCUCGCGUUGUCGUUGCGAUUCGCUGGGAAAUAUGUCAGGAAAGGGGAAGCAGAGCUCGAAGAAAACCAUGGUCAAGGUACGUGAGUCCGGGAAGACCGCGCAGUCCUCGCAGGUGAACCCGGACACGAGCGUGGAGACGCCAGAGCCGACGACGUCCCAGAUCAUCUUGAAGACGGUCGACAGCAGCCGGCACCUGCCCAAGUACAUGAGCAUACUGAAACGUACGGCGGACGAGGGUGUGGGCAUGGAGGAUCUUGAUACGUUGCAGUUGGAACUGGAGAUGCUCCUGUCGGCGGUGGUCGUGCGACAUCGCGUGCUGCAGGAUGAGGUUGCCAACUUGUCAUCGGUGGAGGAACGCCGGGGAGACAGAAGGUCGAAGAGCGGGAAGAGCGUGUCGUUGGUCGACAAGAAGGUACGCGAGGAGAAAUUCAAGCCGAAGGAGGCCAACACGAAGAGCCAAUCCCCACUGCACACGAAGCUGUUCAAGCAGAAGGCAGUGAGGAGCUCGGCCAGUCAGGUGGCGUUGAACCUGCACGAGGUCGAGGGCUCCAAGUCGGACGCGCCGAAGUUGCUGCUGCCGAAGAACGACACGCCGAACAAGUUCUGGGCGUCCGUGGAUCCCUACUGCACCGACAUCAUGCCUGACGACAUUAAAUUGUUGGAGGAACUGGUCGCCACGCAUGGGGACAUAAGUGAGUACAAGAAGAUCCCGCCUCUGGGUCGUCACUACAGCCUGAUGUGGGCGCACAACGACCUGCUGCAGGAGGAAGACGCCGCCAAUCCGAACCGGGAGAAGAAGAAGAGUCGCACGGACGUGUCGCAUCUGAUAUCGAAGAGCGAUAAGAAGACGAACAGUAUCGCGGGGCCCCUCACGCAAAGGCUGGUCUCUGCCCUCCUGGAGGAGAACGUGUACGUCGCGAACAACAACACGGAGAACAAAUUGUUCCGCGACAGUGACCCACCCGUGCUGAGGGACCUGACCAUCCAGAACUCUAUGAACUUGGAGCUGCGAAUGCACAAGGAGCUGAUGGAGCAGGGACUUCUGGACCCGGAUGCGCAGAAGAAGGGUCAGGAGGACGACGAGAUCCUCGCGGAGAUUAAAAGGUGUCAGCAGGAGCUCUCCGCGUUAUCGAAUCACAACGUUACGCAGUUGAAGAGAUUGUUGGCCCUGGCUCAAGAGGAGAGCAAGAGGCAGGGGUUGAAACGAAAAAUCAGCGUGGCCGAUAACGAAGUGAUAGAACAUUACAAAAAGUUGACCGUGGCAAAACAGAGGAAGAUUCCAUUGACGAAGAAGGAGCAAGAGAAAGCGUGGGCGUGUCUCCGUGAAAGGGAGAAUCUCCUGGAGCAGCUGAACGUUACCAAAUAAUGUAGUAGAAAUGUUUAACAUCUAUUAUUAGUGGGACAUAAUAAUAAUAAUGAUUUUUUAACUUUACUUGUACGAUAUAAUCCAUACACUUGACGCAUAAUUAUCCACGAAGUAUUUAAAAUGAUUAUCUCUUAUCGUUGUAAAUAAUGUUGUUACGUUGUACACGCAAUAUAAUUUAGAUUACUGCAUUUAAGUGAUUUCCGUGUACGCAAUUGUCUCAUCGCAAUCGCAGAUCCUAGUAAAUAAAAAUUUAUUGGAUAUU